AUGUCAAAUCAGGGAGGUGUUCCCCAUUACUCUCUCGAUCCGUUUACAUAUGUCGUGACUCGACGGGAUGUUGAGGAGGGCAGCGCCACGCUCAUGCGCAUCGCAUUCGAAGAUAUUCGAGUUCCGCUAGCCGAUCUCCGCGCUGUAAAUAGUAAUCUCAAGGACGUUCCCGCAGACGAGAUCCUUCCCGUCGGUACGGUUGUACGGCUGCCUGUGAUGCUCGAUCAGCGCGGCGACGCCUCAGGACCUUUUUUUAUCCUACGAGACGCAGAAAGGCAAUUAAAAGCUUGUGAGGAUAGGAUGUUUUGUCUGGCUAGCGAAUGGGAGCGGGACGUGGGACCGCUACCGCAGCCGGUUGUGCGGAAAGUCCUGUCAAAAAAUGAACAAGUCCUUCAGGUUGUAGAGAGUGAGGUGGAGCGGCAGCUGCCGAAAAUUCAAAAGGCUUACGAAACGCUUGGAAAUAAAGACCAACUCCUACAAUAUCUUGUUGACGUUGAACGAGUCAAAGCAAAAGAGGUCGAGGUAGAAAAAGAAUUUAGUGCAUCGAACAUUCCUCUCGCCAGCUACGAUCCCAAAUACGCACUUUUGUGGUCCUCCUCUCAGCGCCUGGUUUCAGAAGACAAUAUCACCGAUCAUUCGAUCCAGACGAAAGCGGACACCGAUGAAGACUUCUGCAUGGAGCACACGCAUCGGUGGGAGUUCAUGAUCUUGGCGCCAGGAUCCAUGGAGGAAUGGGAGGCCUGGGCGGUGCUCUCCUGCCAAAAGCUCACAGCCCUGCUUGAUGCAAUCACCUGCACCCCAAGGUUACCCUUCUCUCUCUCCAAGAACGCCUUUUUAUUUAUCGGGGAAACAUUCUACAUCGACGACCGGCACCGAAAUGAGCCGGGCUUUGAGGAUUUGAGUGCUGUCAUUAGGGGUUGCGUGCCCUCCGCUCCCCCUCACGGCGAACCACCGGCCCCUUGCCGCGGUGCAAACGCCGCCUUUCAACGCUGCCCUGUUCGGAGUGCGGCCGAGGUGACUUUUGGAGAGUUGCGUGUGAAACAGGGUGAAACAUGCGUUCUCCGCCACGCCGGUUGCUGCACGCAUUAUUUCUACUUGCAAGGCCCUCGCUGCCUCCGCGGCUGCCCCCGAACGCAACGCGAGCAGUUUCCGCAUCGUACGAGGAGGAGGAGGGAUCGUGUACUGCGAUGCCAGAUGUGUCAUCAAUUUCCCUCCUCUAUCGCGCUUUACGGGGACGAGCUCUCAAUGGAAAACCCUGCAUUGUACUGCACCAUAUGCUACGAAUAUUUACACGGCGGUGAGAGUGAGGCAGAGUCUAGAAACUACUUGAAGGUGAUGCCGCAAAAUGUAGGCGACUAUUUCACCUGUUGA